AUGACAGAAGUUGUUGUAGCCGAAGAAAAAGUAAGUUAUCUUUUGUAUUGUGGGUUUCCAACUUCAAGACACUGUUUUAAUCUAAUUUUUCAGUCGAUUGAACGACCUCUGAAGGCAAAACAUCCUCUGCGACACAAAUGGGCCUUCUGGUUCUUGAAAGGAGACAGGUCCAGGGAUUGGGAAGACUGUCUAAAACAAGUUGUUGUUCUGGAGACUGUGGAAGACUUUUGGGCGUAGGUUAUUUUUAUUAUUAUCUAUAUUGUUUUUAGAUUAUAUCUUCGAAUUAUUCCUGCAUCUGAUUUGACCUUUGGAAGUGAUUAUUACCUAUUCAAAGAUGGAAUCAAGCCUAUGUGGGAAGAUCCAAAGAAUGUGAAAGGUGGAAGAUGGAUGGUUGUCGUCCCCAAAGCUCAGAGGGCAACCAAAUUAGACGAGUUGUGGUUGGAGAUCAUGAUGGAUAUCAUUGGAGAACGAUUUGAAAGUCAAGGAGAAUUCAUUUGUGGAGCUGCUGUUAAUGUACGACAAAAAGGAGAUAAGGUAAGACAGCAUAAUUUCUCUUAACAAAGACCAUAGUAUAUAGUUUUGAUUUAUGACUAAAAUAUUUUAUCUGUGUUAUAGCAGAAUUUUCAGAUCGCUCUGUGGACGUCAGACGCUUCCCUCGACGAUGUGAACAGAAGAAUUGGAAUGACUUUGAAGAACAAACUGGCUCUGGAUGAUAACAUCAGAUACGAAAUCCACAAAGAUGCUUCUGCAAGAAUUGGAUCCGUGGUACGACCAAAAAUUGUCAUCCCCAAAGACAACAAAGAAUUGUCAAACAAGAAGUUCCAAAGCUCGUCGCCAGCUUGA